AUAAAAUUAAUUAAAAAAUAUAUUUAAUUAAAUAUCAGAAAAACUUAAUUUGUAAAUCAACAACUAAAAUAUCAUUUAAUAGAGAAAUACCGAAAAAUGGAAGAGUAUUUAGCAAAAAGAGAAAAGUUAUUAAAAGAAAUCAACGAUAGAAAAUUCAGCGGAUUAAGCUUUACUCCCCAAGAAGAAGCUGCAAAUGAAACAUUUAAAAAUAUGCUUCUCAAGGAAAAGCAAUAGUUGAAAGGCAACUUCUUCUAAAGAUACACUUUGUAAUAUAAGUAGUAGAUUGAAGAAAGCAAUUGUUUCAAAGUUAUUAGAUAGAUGCCUAAAGGAGCCACCCUCCACAUCCAUUUUGACACUGCAAAUGAUGUUGAAUGGUUCUUUUAGAAUCUUGCCUAUUUGCCUACAACAUUCUACAAUUAAUCAAACCUCAGAUUUAGAUACUUCAAAAACGAAAAAGUUGCAGAACCUGGAUAUGUUAUGCUUUCUAAGUUAAGGGAUUAGCACCCAGAUAAACAUUAAUUUGAAGCUGAUAUUAAGAAGAGACUUCAAAUUACAUAAGAAGAGGCUCAUGACUUGAAGGCUGACAUUUGGUAGAUUUUCGAAUAAAAGAUUCAAGCAAUGUGGUAGUUAAUUUUGCACAAGGACUACUUCAAACAAUACCUUUAUCGUGUAUUCUAAGUAUUUUUCAAUGAUGGAAUCUAUCGCAUUGAGGCAAGAGCUUUGCUACAUUCUAUUUUUGACGAUGAUCUCAAUCCUCUUCCUUUGGAUGAAGAAUACUAAGUGUAUCAAGAAGUUAUUAAUCGUGCCAAAAAAGAAAUUCACCCAUAAUUUUCUUAUGCCACAAUUAUUUAAGGAUUAAAGUAAUGGAAUAAAGAAACAAUUUAAAAAUAUCUUGAUGAAUCAAUUCUUGCCAAGACAAAAUACCCAGAUUUUUUCAUUGGAUUUGAUUUAGUACAACAAGAAGAUGCUAAUUAGCCUCUUGAGUUUUAUGCUCCCGUUCUUUUGAAAAAGUAAUAAUUAGAAUAAUCGAUGGGCAUAUCUCUUCCUUACAUAUUCCAUGGUGGACAAAGCUUAAACAACUUUAGCAAUACCAAUAUUAUUGAUAUGAUUUUAAUGGAUACAAAGAGAAUAGGACAUGGAUAUAACCUAACAAACCAUGCUUAUUUGAUGGAAUAUGUAAAGGAGAACAAAAUUUGUAUUGAAAUUAAUCCUAUGUCUUGUUAAAUUUUAAGAUAUAUUCAUGACUUACGUCUUCAUCCUGCAAAACUUUUCCUCAAUUACGGUAUUCCUAUUUGCAUCAACCCAGAUGAUCCAGGUUUCUUUGGAGUUUUAGGUGUUAGCUACGAUUUCUAUACUUUAGCUAUAGCUUAGGAAUUUGACUUAAAAGACCUUAAGCUGUGUUGUUAUUAUAGUAUUAAACACUCCUUAGCAAAUGAAGAAGAAAAAUAACAUCUAAUGCAAUUAUGGCUCAAUAAUUGGUAAGAAUUUAUAGCCAAAUUCACCUAAUAAUACCCCUCUGUUAUAAAGGAGUGA